GUACAAGUAUUUCCUUUUUCACAAACCUAUUACUGAUUUAAGAGCAGCUGUGGAGAGUUUAACAUGACCGCACGGUGGCGCUGUUUCAGGAGAAAAAUAGUAGCAAUAAUAAGGACAAUAAUAAUCCUUUCCGCUCCACGGGGGGAAAAGCCGGGAUUAAAAUAAACCGUACUUCCGCUGUCGAGCUAACGUUCCUGCAACCAUCUCCAUUUUACAGCCGAACUGAAACGGACACUGUACAUUUUAUAGAAAAGCCUACAGAGGCCAAACACGGAGGAAACCUGGAAGGAGCCGGAGGAGAGAAGAUAUGCACCCAACAUGGCUUUUAUGUCUCUCAAAUAAGAUGUGAUGAAAUGGCCCAUGCUGGGAAAGAACCCAAACGGACUAACCGUGUCGUGCUGGUUAAGAGAAUAAUAAUGAACGAUGACAACAACCCGAUGCAGCAAGGAAUCGGGAAGCCGAGUGUGUAUCACGCGGUGGUGGUCAUCUUCCUCGAGUUUUUCGCCUGGGGUCUGCUUACCACACCGAUGCUUACCGUUCUACACGAAACUUUCCCACAGCACACGUUCCUGAUGAACGGCCUCAUUCAGGGAGUGAAGGGCUUGCUGUCUUUCAUGAGCGCUCCAUUAAUCGGUGCUUUAUCAGAUGUCUGGGGCAGGAGAUCUUUUCUGUUGGUGACGGUGUUUUUCACCUGUGCGCCCAUCCCUCUGAUGAGAUUAAGCCCCUGGUGGUACUUUGCCAUGAUCUCUGUGUCUGGGGCUUUCUCAGUCACCUUCUCGGUCAUCUUCGCGUAUGUAGCAGACGUUACAGAGGAGCACGAGAGGAGCACUGCAUAUGGACUCGUGUCGGCGACAUUCGCCGCAAGUUUGGUGACGAGCCCUGCGAUCGGCGCUUACCUCUCCUCGCACUACGGGGAUAAUCUGGUGGUCCUGGUGGCUACGCUUAUCGCCCUGGCGGACAUCUGCUUCAUUCUGCUGGCCGUCCCGGAGUCGCUGCCCGAUAAGAUGAGACUGACCACCUGGGGCGCGCCGAUCUCCUGGGAGCAGGCGGAUCCAUUCGCUUCUCUGAGGAAAGUGGGGAAGGACACGACUGUGCUUCUCAUCUGCAUCACCGUGUUCCUGUCGUACUUACCCGAGGCAGGCCAGUACUCCAGCUUCUUCCUCUAUUUACGACAGGUCAUUAACUUCUCACCCGCUACAAUCGCUGUGUUCAUCGGAGUGGUCGGGAUCCUGUCCAUCGUAGCCCAGACACUUUUUCUGACGCUGCUAAUGAGAACCAUUGGGAACAAGAACACGGUUCUGCUUGGCCUCGGAUUCCAGAUCCUCCAGCUGGCGUGGUACGGCUUUGGAUCUGCACCAUGGAUGAUGUGGGCAGCCGGAGCCGUGGCAGCCAUGUCCAGCAUCACCUUUCCUGCAGUGAGUGCACUCGUAUCUCGCAGCGCUGAUCCAGAUCAACAAGGGCUAGUGCAAGGAAUGAUCACCGGCAUCCGAGGCCUGUGUAACGGCCUGGGUCCAGCGCUCUACGGCUUCAUCUUCUUCCUUUUCGAUGUCGAGCUGAGCGGACUUGCGCCGAUCCAGACUGACUACAACAUCCCUCUUCCGACUCCCAGUGAGCGAGUGGCGAUACCAGGCCCUCCCUUCCUACUGGGCGCGUGCACGGUGUUGGCAGCCUUCAUCGUGGCGCUGUUCAUCCCAGAACGGCCGACAGCGGGUGCCAAGACGUGCCAAGAGCUCAAGAGGAGCAGCAGUCUGACAGGAGCGCACGCCAACACGCCACUUCCGGGCAGCGACGAGGAUUUCGAACCUCUUCUGGAGGACAGCACUGUGUGACUGACCGUCUGAUUUCUCCUCCAGCAAUCGGAAUGAAUGAAUGAAUGAACGAAUGAGCGAUGCCCCUGCAAGCCUCCCGGGAGAAAUUUUUUUUUUUUAAAUUGUUUUAAUAUUAACACGGUUCGUUGUUUAAACUUUUUGUUUAAAUUUGGAACCAAAGUUUACCAUGGAUUUUUUUAAACUCUAUUUUGCCACAGCUAAAGGGCUUGGAUGCGCUGUAGCUGAAAUGGAGUGUGGAAAACUUAGCGCUUUGUGUUUUCUAGAUGCAACGUCGAGUCAGGUUUAAUGGGCAAAGUGCAGUAACGUGAAUCGCUUGAGUUUAGAACGUCUAGAUCGUAAGUUUACCGUGUAUCGAAAAACGCUCAGAUGGUUUUUAAGCGAUUAUAGCUCUCUAUAGGUGUUUAUAUGUACAUUUAUCAUCUUUUGGAUCCAGAGCCAUGAGAUUAUCGCGAUUAGUGAUGGAUUGAGAGUUUUUUUUUUUUUUUUUUUUUUUAAAAAACAAGCCUUAAAGCUGCAUAUCUAGUGCCGUAUGAGUGUAGGAAAUAAUUUAUUAUUUAUUGGCGCAGCAUGGGAUGUCGUCAUAGCCACGUCCUUAUCGUGAUGCGUCUUUUUACAUUGACGACGUUAUUUUAACAGGUUAGGCGGAUGGUGCUAAUGGAGUUGCUGACCGUGACGCAGUUACUGUGAGGCCAUUUGAUCACUUUUUUUUUUUUUUUCCUUUUGUGUAAAAUGUUUCUAUGCACAAGUUACGAUCAUUUAACGCCAUUUUUAUUUCAGCUUGUUUGAAUUGGUUUAAAUGUCAUUUUGCGUAUAAAAUGAUUUAAAAAAAAAAAACUAUUGUUUUUAUACUUUUGCAGGAAAGUAAUGAUGGUGUUUGUGUGUCCAAAAUCUUGAAAGAAAGAGAGAAAAGUCUGCACGCUGUUCAUUUAACUUCAAGAAAAGCUAUUUUGGAUUUCCGUCAGACUUUGUGUUUGGAACAGCAUGCAGAUUUUUCUUGAAAUCGUAUUUUUCUCCUGUGGUCCAGGAUGUGCAUAACAUGAGCUCGUUCUCAGUCUUUGCACAUCUACAAAACGAAAUAAUUCCAUUCAAGUGCAUCACCAGCUACCUCCUUUCC